AUGGACGACUGGGCAAAAAACUAUCUUCGAACCUGGCAGUCUGAUUUCGCCGACGAACCUCAUGCCGAGCUCUACUUUCGUUUUUCAGAAAAUGUCCUCUCCGACUUGCAGCGCCUUCCUCAGGAGGGGCCGACCAACGCAGACGCCAUCUACGACAAAGUCUCGAACCCAAUUAUAGCCGCCAUCACGUCGCUGCCACAUCCCGAUCUGGGACUGGAAUACGUCCAAGACGUUCUCUUCGAUGCGGCUAUAUCCUCCCCGGCUGGAACUAGCGCCCUAGCAAAUGUCACGCGACUGCUAAUAGAUAACCUCCCGGCGCCUUCAAAGGAGAAGCUUGAGAAGGGAAUCGCGUCGAAUACGCGCGAACGAUGGAAUGGACCCGAUAAACCCGAUCUCGGAACGAAGAUAACCGAAUGUAUCGAAAAAUGGGUCUCUCUGAACAUGUUUGUUGCGCAUCUAACGCGACUGCAUGCACCGCUGUGGGACUACGGGGUAUGGACCCUGGAUCGGGCAUUCAACCCACAAGCUGGGGGUUACCGCGAGGAUGAACGGGUGUAUCAUGUCCCGGCCGCGGCGGCUUGGAUUCACGUUUUGGGUGCCGAGAUCUAUCGAUGGUCACUGCAGGGAGAUCCUUCAGGGGAGAAAUGGGAGAAGUGGAAGUUGGGUUUUGAAGCGGUCUCCCAGUCUUCUGAUGUAUUUCCAGCGGAUACGAGAGAGAAGGCACAGAUGGCAUUCAAUAGCAUGAGGGAUAUGGAGGGAUCAAUUGGGCCUGAAAUAUAA